GAAAUUUUGCACAAUGAACUUAACAUCAAGAGAAGAAAUUAAUAUCAGACGACUUUUAGCAAGGUGUGAACUGAUGGCCAAAGAUGAUCCUCAUAAAGAUUGGAAACUGGAAAAGUAUAUCUUUGCUCUUGAUGAUAUGAUAAAGCAAUUGCAAGCAUUGCCAAGUAAACCUUCUAAGGAUAUCAUGAUGGGUUAUAUUAAACGAAUAGAUUUUUUAAAAGGACUAAUAAAUACAACAAAACUGACAAAUCCUGUGGAUAGAGUAGCAGCAGUACAGAUGUUAUCAAAAAGUUCUACAACGUUCAGUGAUUCGUUGGGACCAAAUAUAACAACACAAAUACAUCAAAAAAUUGCAGCAAAAUAUAUUCGAGAAUUAAGAACAGAAUUGUUUCAGACUGAGAAAGAAUCCUUGGAGAACAAUGUAAGACAAAGACUAUCUACUACAAGUAUACAAGAUGAUGAUUUAGAUGCGCUUCUAAAGUAUAAUAGGAAUAUUCAAGAGAAAAUUGCAGAGAAUAUGCUUUCAAUGACUAGUAGUAUGAAAGAACAUGCUUUGGCAGCAAAUGCUAUUAUAAAGAAAGAUAUUGGUUUACUUGACAAAUCGGACAAAUUAACAGAUGUGAAUGCAACCAAAUUAACAAAAGAAUCACUGAAACUACGGGAACAUACUAAGUCACAUUGGAGAUGUUGGAUGUGGGUGAUGAUAGCAUUUGUUUUAGUUGUCUUUUUUAAUAUGGUAUUAUUUAUGAGAGUUGCAAGAAAGAGGGUGUAAAUGACAAAUGUGCACGUGUACAUAUGAUUUAAAAUUAUAAGAUAAUGUCAGAUAAUGGCCAUGCAUAACUGUGAAUGUAACUUUACACUUCACAUGAGAUCAUUAUUAUGA